CGGGAAUGAAUGGCGGGCAGCGAAGCGGCGCGGCGCGGCGAGAGGUGAGCCACUAGGUUGCCGCGAUGUUCGUCAAGGAGAUCAGUCUAGAGGGCUUCAAAUCUUAUGCGACGAGCACAUUCGUCUCAAAUUUCGAUCCCUGCUUCAACGCCAUCACCGGCUUGAAUGGCUCCGGGAAAUCCAACAUCCUGGACUCGAUCUGCUUCGUGCUGGGGAUUACCAAGCUGGAACAGGUCCGCGCCAGUAAUCUCAACGAGCUCGUCUACAAGCAGGGCCAGGCGGGUGUUACCAAGGCGACCGUCUCGGUCACUUUUGAUAACUCUGAUCGUAGCCGAAGUCCUAUUGGAUUUGAAGAUAUGAGUGAGAUCACUGUCACUCGCCAGGUGGUUGUGGGUGGAAGAAAUAAGUAUCUUAUCAAUGGUCAUGUUGCGCAGCCCAGCAGAGUCCAGAAUCUUUUCCAUUCAGUCCAGCUCAAUGUGAACAACCCGCAUUUUCUGAUCAUGCAAGGCCGGAUCACCAAAGUUCUCAACAUGAAGCCCCAUGAGAUACUGUCGAUGCUGGAAGAAGCUGCUGGGACCCGGAUGUACGAGACGAAAAGAGUGGCAGCGCUGAAAACCUUGGAGAAGAAGCAGACUAAGGUGAACGAGAUUGAUCAGAUGCUCGAACAAGAGAUUCUUCCGGCACUGGACAAGCUCAAAAAGGAAAAGUGCCAGUACAUGCAAUGGGCAAAAGCUAACGAGGACAUAGAACGGCUUGACAGGUUUUGCACUGCGUAUCGUUACGUGGAGGCUGAGAAGAUUAAGAAUGCGGGAACCAGCGAGAUAGAUGCUCUGAAGUCCAAGAUAGACGGUUUGCAGGAAAAUAUAAACACUAUCGAAGCACAGAUUCAAGAUAAGGAGGCCACUAUUCGGGAAUUAACGUCUGCGAAGGAAAAGAAAACUGGUCAAGAGAUGAAAGGUCUGGCUGAUGUUGUUGACAAGCUUUCAAGUUCACUUGUCAAAGAAACAUCGGCUUUUACAAACGAGAAAGAUCUACUAGAUGCCGAAAGAGUCUCAGCAGAGAGGCUUUUGAAGAACAUGGCCGAUUUGGACUGCCUUGUAGACCAGAAAGUUAACGCUAUUCAAAAAGGAGACACCGAGUCGUCAGGGAUUCGAGAAAAAACAAACAACCUUUCCAAAUUGCUGGAGGAACUUGAAACAGAAUACCAGAGUGUUCAAGCUGGGAAAGGCGGAGGUGGAGAUCAGAAGUCCCUGGCAGAACAACUUGCUGAUGCAAAAGCUGCCGUUGGGCGGGCUAGCACAGAGUUAAAGCAAGUUAGCACCAAAAUCCUGCACACCGAAAAUGAGCUUAAAGAGAAAAAGAAGGCCCUGGAAUCCAAAACGAAAGAAGCGUCUUCGCUGCAAGUCGAACUACAGUCGAGAAAAGCUGAAAUCGACAAGAUUUUAAAGACAUUGGAGGGUGUAACUUAUGAAAAUGGUCACAUGGAGCGACUGGAAGAGAGUCGGAAGCAAGAGCUUGAGAUGGUUGAAAAUCUGAAACAAGAAGUUAGCAAUCUUGGGAGCAGUCUGGUUGGUGUAGAGUUUUCUUUCGAAGAUCCCGUCAAUAACUUUGAUCGCCGUCGGGUAAAAGGUGUCGUAGCCCGACUUAUACGUGUUGACGAUUCUACAGCUGUGGUGGCACUCGAGGUUGCAGCCGGAAGCAAACUUUAUAACGUUGUUGUGGAUACAGAACAGACUGGUAAGCUGCUGCUUGAGAAAGGUAAAUUGCGCCGGAGGGUUACGAUCAUUCCGCUUAACAAGAUUCAAGCGAGCACGAUACCAUCCAGAGUUCAAGAUGUGGCGGCCAGCAUGGUAGGUCCAGAAAACUGUAGAACAGCGCUUUCGCUUGUGGGUUACGACCGCGAGCUUCAGGCUGCGAUGGGAUUUGUGUUUGGUGGUACUUUCGUCUGCAAGACUACGGACGUCGCUAAACAGGUUGCGUUUCACAAAGAUACAAGGACUGCUUCUGUUACGUUAGACGGUGAUAUCUUUCAACCGAGUGGUUUACUUACUGGUGGCUCCCGGAAAGGCGGCGGCGAGCUAUUAAAGCAGCUCCAUGCUUUAUCGGAAGCCGAAUCAAAACUAAGUACUCAUCGGCAUAAGUUAGCAGAAGUUGAUGCCGAGAUUGCCAAAGUGAGUCCCAUCCACAAGAAAUAUCAACAGUUGAAGUCCCAACUUGACCUCAAGCAGUAUGACUUUUCACUAUUUGAAAAGCGUGUAGAACAAAGCGAGCAUCACAAGCUUAGUGAAGCAGUAGCUGGUCUUGCAGCAGAACUGGAUAAUUGGAAGAAGGAAGCUCAUAAAAAGGAAGAGUAUCACAAAGAAUGCCUUGGUACCGCAGAAAACCUUGAGCAGGCAAUUUCAGAGCAUGGCCGAGGUCGUGAAGGUCGACUUAAGGCUUUAGAUACCCAGAUAAAAAGUGUAAAGCGCGAAGUGACGUCCGCAUCUAAGGAGCUCAAGGACCAUGAAGGUCUGAAAGAGCGACUCAUUAUGGAAAAGGAGGCUGCAGUUCAAGAAAAGCAAGCACUACAUAAGCAAUGGACCGCGUCUGAGUCUCAAAUAAAGAAGCUGGAAGCUGGUGUUGAGAAGCUUGCGUCAAAGGUGAGGGAGCUAGAGGAAGAGUAUCGGAACGCAGAAGAACAGCUCAAUCACGGGAGAGCUAAACUUAAGGAAUGCGAUUCUCAGAUAAAUGCUCUAGUCACAGAGCAGAAUCAGCUGCGUCAAAGUCAAACUGAAGCCAAUUUGGAAAUCAAAAGAACCACUAAUGAGAUCAAGCGCAUGGAGACAGAUCAACGUAACAGUGCAGAUACAUUGCAGAAGCUGCGAAAAGAUCAUAAAUGGAUUGACACUGAGAAACAAUUUUUUGGCAAGCCAGGCACAGACUACGACUUUAGUAGUCGCGAUCCUAAAAGUGCUCGAGAAGAGCUUGAAAGGAAGAAAGCUGAGCAGAACAACCUCGGCAAAAGAGUCAACACGAAGGUCAUGACAAUGUUCGAAAAAGCUGAACAAGAAUGUAGUGAGCUGCUGAGGAAGAAAGGCCAAGUUCAGGAUGAUAAAGCGAAAAUCGAAGCGGUGAUCAGGGAGCUUGAUGAGAAGAAAAAAGAGACUCUAAAAGUUACUUGGCAACACGUGAACAAGGAUUUCGGAUCCAUUUUCUCCACAUUGCUACCGGGAUCAAUGGCAAAGCUGGAACCUCCGGAAGGCUGCGGCUUUCUGGAUGGCCUCGAGGUUCGCGUUGGUUUUGGAGGGGUGUGGAAGCAGUCCCUCUCGGAACUAAGCGGAGGCCAGCGCUCCCUCAUAGCACUGUCGAUCAUACUGGCAUUACUGCUCUACAAACCAGCUCCGAUCUACAUCCUGGACGAGGUGGACGCAGCACUCGACCUCAGUCACACCCAGAACAUAGGCCGAAUGAUAAAGACACACUUUCCUCACUCCCAGUUCAUCGUGGUCUCUUUGAAAGAGGGGAUGUUUAACAACGCAAACGUUAUCUUCCGUACUAAGUUCGUGGAUGGAGUGUCAACCGUAACAAGGACAGGCAAAUCAUAGGCAACUUGCGGGGGGAACGAAUAUACCUAUUAGAAGAUUCCUUAAUCACAUUAAUAUUUUUUGUUAUAGAUUGUUACAUGAAUCUAGUGUUCAUCCUUGCCAUGACUGUAGAAAGGGUGGAAAUAAUUGAAGUAUUGUUUGAUUGA